AUGGUUAAAAUUGAUGCUGCUCUUGCCCCUCUAUUUGUUAUCCUCGGUACUGCCGCAACAGUGACUAUUGGCUUUGGUGUUAGGAAGAUGUCCACUGACAAUGACAUUAGUAUGACGAGAAAGGGACAGAUGUUAUGGGUCAACAAUGACUUCCCAAAGAUGGUUGAUGUGAAGCAGGGAUCAGAGUUCUAUAACCAGGUUCAUACUGGAUCCUACCUCCGUUCAUCCUUCAAGUAA